AUGUCUAUCGACUUGGACUGGCAUAAGCUAGACUCUACACUAGCAGAGUCCCUGAUUGGGAUGAUAAAUCGCCAGCUAGAGUCGAUACCAAGACCGUCGUUCAUAGGACCCGUGGAAGUCACCUCCUUCGAAUUCGGCUCGAACGCGCCAGACAUUGAGCUGGUAGACAUGCGCAGCAUACACCCAGACUUUCUGGAGGCUGAUGACGGGGAAGACGGAGAAGAGGCGGAGAUUAGUAUGAGGGAAGGGACAGGGGACGAGGAUGACGACUUUGAGUGGGUGUCGCGCAAAGCUGUGGCUCGAGCGGCGGAGGACGCGCCCGUGUACCAUCACCUCCCGCCACAUGUGCGCUAUGGCCGUGGUCCAACAUCUGCCACGGACAUGUUCUCGUCCACGCUGGCUCUGGCACCUUCGCGCGACAUGUGGAACGGCGCCAUGAGCAUGCCGAACCUGGCCGCCCGCUCGCCGUUCUUUGCGCCGCCAGAACACUCCUUCGCAGCGACACCGCCCAGGGCGUCUCAGCCUUCGUCCAUGCAUCGAACUCCUUCGAACGACUCUUUGGACUCCAUAGCGGCGCCUUCACCACCCGAGCCAGCACCCGAGACCUCUGCAGCGCCAAACCUUCAGAUGCACCUGCACAUCAACUGGCAUUCAAACCUUCGUAUCACCCUCACUACGUCCCUUCUCAUCAACUAUCCCUCACCAAUGUUCAUGUCUCUUCCAAUUAAGCUCUCGGUGACCGGGCUAGACUUCAAUGGCGAACUGGCUGUGGCAUAUGAAGGUGCUCGGCGGCGAGUUCACCUGUGUAUACUCGACGGCGCGGAUCCGUACGGACCUGCGGCACGAAGAGACUCGGGUAGCGCAACACCGGAGGAGGGCGAUUCACCUGUGGAGGAAGAGCCCGAGGCCCGCUCACGCCCUGUCGGACAACGUUUACUGCCAAACAUAUUCAUCGAGAGCGAGCUGGGUCAGGCCGACAAACACGUCCUCAAGAAUGUUACGCGAGUCGAGCGCUUUAUCCAGGAUGUGAUACGCAAGACCGUAGAGGAAGAAUUGGUCUUCCCGAACUACCAUACCGUUGUACUGGGGUAG